GUGGUGUGUGUGUGUGUGUACGUUUUCUUGGGCCUGCGCAUGUGUGUGAUUUAGUACAUCCUGUGGUAAACACUUUAUCUACACAGGGAAACCUUGCCCUUUCUCUCGCGAAAACAUUAAGACUGCACACACACUGACUCGAGUGAAGGCCCAGUUUAUCUACACUGACUGCAAAAUAGGAUUUAUUGCAAGACCAGGCUGUCUCACAAUGGGGAAACCUCAAGGCUGCUUAAAAUCACACGCUGUUAGGUCUAUCCUUUUGAUGGUUAUCACAGCCGUGUGCUUCGCUCGCCCAUGCUCCAGUUUACACAAUCAUGGAAAUGACAUAGCCACAAGGAACAGGGUCAGCGAUCGCCUUAUAGCCAACCGGAUUUUACCCCCUAUGCAUUUCCGAGAAAAGGCAAAAGGCUCACAUCAGCGUCCAGCUACAAACAACAAUCAGCAUCAACAGAUUACCACGUCACCAAAAGCUCAGGUCAAUCGCAGUGUCUUCAGCAGCCUUCAGCGCCCUCCGACGCUCCCAGACAGUGCAGUUUUGUCAGCCUUACCUUCGAGACGUCUUCUGUCGACAAUACAAGACCAAAUUCAAACAGAUGACGAUCUCUACAAAUUCAUUGCAAUUCAUGAUGAUUUUCUAAUAUUGUGCAACCACCCUCCUCCCACUUUCUCCAAUAAAUUCUUCUACAACGGUGAUUUCUACGAUCCAGAGGCAAAUUGCACAUUCAGCAAAGGUUUCAUUAGCUCGUUUUUCAAUGUCGCCGACUUUUGUGAGUAUUUGUUUUACAAUAUUUACAAUACCACUGAUCUCUUUUUCAUGAGGAUUUUUACAGAGAUACCCAAACUUUUGUAUUACAACAAAACCUUUGAAAACCUUUGUGUACCAUUUUACGAGAUCAAAUACGGAUGCAAAUAUAACGAACUCUUCACUACAUGUAACAAUGAUAGUGUGAUAUUCCUUGACAGUGAGGUCUGCCCUCAACCACCUGUGUUGACAGACUUUGAGUACUAUGUAGCUAAUUAUGUCGAGGAAAAUAACUUUCACUGCUUAUCAAAAAUUUGUGACGGCACUUACCACACUAUAGAAUCAGAGGUUAGUGGUGUGAAAUUCAAAGUGUCUAACGUCUUUCUCAUUUACGAAAACAAAGCGUGCGAUGUGUUCCCUUUUGUUGGAACAUUUAGUAACGUGUCAGUUUUGUACACGUACAUAAACAUUCACUGGCCAUGUUGUUUCUCAAUGCACGCUGUCUAUUGGGCAGAACACCCUGAAAAACACGGUCUCAACGGAGUGUGGAAUUUCCUCCCCUUUUCGUGCCGUGUGGGUGAGGUCUGUCUGAUAGUGCUUGUGGCUUGUGUGGCAACGGGAGGCGUCGUGGGCAACCUCAUGGUUAUAGUGGUACUGCUGAGAAUUAGCAGCCGUAACGAAGAAUCAAAUAUGCUCCGUUUAUCCCUCGCUGUGGCUGACUUUUUAACGUGUGCUUUCGUCGUGUUACCUUCGCUCUAUGAACAUGUGAAACCAUUUUUAACACCUACAGAACCCAUAAUUGUCCAUCGGGUGGAGGAAAUGCAUGACAUAAUACCUGGAGAGACAGUUGAUAGGACGGAUGUGUAUUUCCCACUCCGAUUCUUCCAAGGACUGACAUUUGCGUCGUGUUCUAUCGUUUCACUCCUAACUCUCUUUCUCCUGAGUGCCGAGAGGUUUGUGAUGACUGGCCGAGGUCUCAUGUACAAGCAUUACAUUACUCCUCCGCGGGUCAGGCAGGCGAUGGUCAUCUCCUGGGUCAUAGGCUGGGUCAAUUCAUCACUAAUGACCAUAUUCGGUCGGACGGUUGCCACUGUUACAUGGAUGACGUUCGUUAAGAUUCCUAUCGGGUUGUCGAAUUUUGCUCACGAGGACUUGGUGGUUUAUACCUGCUAUAUCAUCCAGAUAUUUCUUCUGUCCAUAUCAAUCCCCGCUACUGUUCUGCUCUCAAUUCUUUCCAUCAAAAACUUUGUCCAAGAGCAGAAUCGCGUGAGAGAAAGGUGGCACAAUAUGCAGAUGCGGGUUUCAGGUCCCUUUGAGAGUGAAAACUACUACAUAUUCGUCACGCAGGUACUCAUGACUGUAUUUUUCCUAAUUUCUGUUAUCCCUCUUUCAAUUUACUUUCUCAAUUACAACCUACUACAGCUCGAUUACUACAGUCCUCACUCUGCAGCGAUUGCAAGUUCUCUGUAUGAAUAUUUGUCGUGGUGGUUAUUCUUAGCAAACACAGCGUGGAAUCCAUGGAUUUACAACAUGCGAAGUCAAAAUUUUCGAGACGAGUUGUGGAAAUUAAAAUAUGUCUGUAUCCCUUUAGUUCUGAGGGAGAAAUGGCGCUCACGACAUAUGCAGGAAAACAGCGACGCCCUAACACGGCGACAGAAACUUUUGUCGCAGGUAGGCAUAUUCACCUAGAAAACCGUGAAUAAUACGGCUAUUUCUGUGUAUAUAUUGCAUCCCUUCACCUCUCUCUGUCAGUCUCUUUGUAUGUCUGACUCUGCUUUUCUCUCCCUAUGGAAAUUUAUCAGUAUAUCACUUUGCCGAUAUGUAAACCAUUGACUAUUUUUGUUCUUUAAACAUUGUAUAUUCAUC